AUGGAGGACGUGGUAUCUGAGUCAGGGGGAGAUCGCCAGGAUUUUCCAGAGGAGGAUUGCCAAGGUUUGUUGCUGAAAAUAAUGAACAUGUAUCAGAGGUGGGUAUCCAAUAGUCCAAGCCACCUCCACGAGGUGAGUUCGAUGGAUCGACGUCUCAGGGUCGCACGUAACUUUGAGAGUCACAGGCCUGACUGGUAUUUCAACUUUGUUCGCUCUGAGAUUCUGCAAAUCUCAAUCCUCAUGAAAGUGUUGGUAGAACGAUUGAAUGUUGUGAGUGAAGAGUACAUGAAGGUCUUUGAAGAAUUAGCAGCGAUCACCGUGAAGAGGGAUCAACUUAUGUCAGAUUUGGAGUACACCAGCCAGGAAACAAAGGUCAUGAAGAAAAACCAUGAAGCUAUUGUGCUAUAUUUGAAGGACAUGUUGGCCGAUGUUCGCCGAAAGUUGGAACAGAAGAAGGCCAAGGGUAAAGACAUUGGUUCGUUGGAGGGUACAAAUCAGGGUGAAGAAAAGGGGAUAGAGAUCGACAAGGAGACAGAGGUCGCCGAUACUACGGAACUUGUGGAGAUGAAGCGAUUCGCAUGCCUUCGUUGGGUUCUGAAGACUUUAGAGAAGAUUAUUGAUGAGGAUAGUGAGCUAGAUACAGACGCGAAAGCUAUGUUAAUGAUAGGUGUCGAGGCUCUGGUUCAUGCGCAGUCGAUCUUACAAUUUGAUCCUAGCUCAGCCUUGGUAUUGUGGGCUUCCUCAAAAGAUGUGAAUCCCCCAUAUGAGAAGGCUUCGAAUUCACACGGAGUGGCUUAUAGUAGAGGCAGAAAGCCGACCGAUCUUUAG